AUAAAGAAUGGAAACCACUCCGUUGUCCUUCCCGGUUUGUCGGCUCCGUCAAUGCGGGCGGGCGGUAUUGCCAGUUCGCCCAGCGAGACGGCUCGCGCGCCCCAGAGACCGCCGCGCCAUCUUUCCUUGCACGCCCAGCGCGAGCGCCCGCCCAGUCCCUGACUCCCAGCCCGCCAUAUAUACUGCUCCGCAGUUCGCGUCCGAGCUGAGCUCAAAUCGCCCAUCCCGUCCUCUCCAGUCUCUAGUUCUUUCUCUACACUCUUGCAGUGCAGCUAGCAGCGCACGGAGAGCCAAAACCAAAGCCAUGGCAGCACAUCUCGCCAGCGCCUUCUUCUUCGCUGCCGAGCCCGUCGGCGAGCCCGGCGUGCACGCGCUCUGCGCCAAGCCGCUGGCGCGCGACAGCGACAUCUUCAUGUACAGAGGGGACACGCCCUUCUGCAGCGAGGAGUGCCGCUACGAGCAGAUGCAGCUCGACGCCAUCCGCGCCAGGCAGCCGUACGCGUCAGGGACGGAGGCGCGGAGGGGGCACCGGGAGGCCAGCAAGGUGUCCGCGGUGGCGACCUGAUGAACGCCCGCCGGAGGGUGGCCCGGAGCUGCGCCUGCACAGAUUGAGAGACUCAAGCCAACGGUUUGGUUGGUCGUUUGCCUCGUGAAGGUUGGGAUUCGGAGAAACGUACUCUUAGAUCAGAUCGAGCGGCCCUGAGCCGAGCUUCGCGGUGAAUGAUGCCCGCGGAUGCCGGAAGUCGGAGAAGACGAUCUCCAUCGGAGUUGCUCUGGUUGCACGAGGCUUGGCCUGCGUGCCACAGUCAGUGCCUUAGUCCUAGUGUAACAUGAUUUUUGUAAAUUCGAUGCAUUUGGAAAGCUUUUGCCUCCAAAUUCAGAGCCAAUUUUUGGAA